AUGGAGGCAGCGGCGGUGGAGAGCAUCUCCAAGGCGCUGGGACUGCCGCGGCCCUUCCUGCACGAGCCCAACCGCGCCUUCACGCAGGUCGAGUCGUGGCAGCAGCUCACGGCGCUGCUGGCCACGCAGCCCGUGCGCAUCAAGCCGCUGGGCUACUACCGCACCCCCGACAGCGUCGAGAUCUAUGUGUUCGAGUGCUCGCUCGGAGACGCGUCCGCGGCGGGCAGCGCGCGCCGCUACAGCUGGAAGAUCUACCGCCGCUACCGGCACUUCCAGAAGUACAUCGCCCACUCGUCGGAGCUGCUGGCCAGCCGCUCGGUGCGAGUGCCUCGCCUGUCCCAAGCCUACCUCAAGAUCUUCCACGCGCAGCACUGCAAGGACCGCCUCGUGGAGCUCCACAACUGGCUGGAGGGCGUGGCCGAGAACACGCAAGGCUACUGUCUGCAGCUGCAGCAGAAACAGGAACAGCAGGAGAAGGAGAAGCUGCUGAAGCUGCAGCAGCAACGGCUCGCGCAGCUCGAGGAGCACGCGCGGCUCAAGGCCGCCAAGAAGCAGCACAAAAGCCACAGCAGCAGCAACGCGACUGCCGCGCGCCAGGAUGUACUCAUGACGAGUAUGAGCACAGGACGACUGCGAGCGCCGUCCACCACGGCCAGCUCGCGACGGAGGAGUAGUAUUAGUUUGAAGACCAUUGAGCAACAAGGAGACCCGGCGCUCUACGUGCUCAGGACGGACAAGGCGGAGGCGCUGCCGGUCGUGAUGCUUAGCUGCUUCCUGUUUGCCGGAGCGAACUGCCCGUUCCCGCACGUGUUUCGAGGCAUGCCGACCUUUGCCUUGGCAUUGGAGGAGUUCAAUGUGCAGAUCACACAGGCCGCGCCCGCUGCUUACCCGUCGAAGCUGAAGAACUCCAUGACGACAAGAGCAGGGCUUGGUUUGAGGCUGACAGCUAGUCACGAACAGGAGGGGCAGUUCUUGGGGGCGACGGUGGCAGGCUUUCUUCGAGAUCAGCAGGAGCUGGACCCGGCGCUCGCGGAUGUUCCGGUAGGGGCGAAGUUGGUGCGCGUGAAUGGAGUUAACGUGAGCGACUCGCCAUUCGAUCAAGUGCUGGUCCAGCUUCGGAGCGCCGGGUUGCCACUGCGCUUAAGGUUUCUCUACAACCCCAAUCUCAACCGUCAAAGCAGCAGCUCAGUGACGCCACGGACCAGUGUUGAUGCUACGUCCGAUGCAGAGUCACUGAGUGGACGGCAGCGGCUUGUGUCCAGCGCCAGCGGUGGAAGCAGCAGCGAAAACUCAAUGUCAGGCCCAGUUGAUGCAGGAAAGCCGCCCAUGGACUCAAGCCACCGCAGCUACAGUGUGGAUGCGCCGCGGUCGACAUCGGGUAUAUUUGGGUCCGUGUUCGGCGAUUUGUUUGGCGCUGGGAGUGUUUCUGGGGCUAGUGGAGCUCCGGUCUCUACGAGCUCUGGCAUUGUUAGCGCCUCGGGCAAGCAGCGUGGCGAGACGGCUGAUAUCGCAGUGGGAUCGACUCACCAUGGCAUGCUAAAUGGUGCUGCUACCUUGUUUGCAUGGGAUGAUGUGAGUGGAGGAUCCCGCGACCUCAUUUCGCGUGGAUUCUUCUCGUACCUGCCGCCGUCAUUGCUCCAUGAAUUGCGCCAAAAGCGUCGCGCGGAGAGGAAGGCAAAGGCGUUCCUGCCAGAGCACGACCUAAGCGACAGUGAUGAUAGCGACGACAGCCAACGGUCUGAAGACAUCAAGGCGAUCAUGUCGCGCAAGGCACAGGGUGUGUGGAGUACGGCAACAGGUCCGAUGGGAUUGUCCUUUGGAGCCUGUAAAAUCUGUGAUGUGGAGGCGGCGAUGCUCGAGGUCGCUCCUGUGUUCUUUUCGUCGAGAUCGGAGCACCGCGGCAGCGAGAAACGGCUGUGCAAGGGCUUCGUGUUGGUCUCUAUCAACAACGAGAGCACUUUCGGCGCGCCGUUUGCCGCAGUAAUCAAGCGCCUGCGUUCAGCUUCACGCCCCACCAGCUUGUGCUUCCGUUGGUACCAGGAUUAUAGCCCGUUUUUAGAGACGGAGCUCGCAGAGCAGCACGGAAGCAGCGUUCACCGGUCGUCAAGCUUGAUCAAAAGUCAUGGGAUUGGAGCAAAGGCGUUCGUGAACAACCUGGACUGUGUGGCUGAAGCGCAGACGGAUCUGAGCAACAGUCUGCAGCUCGCCCUCAUGGAAAACGCUUCGAUUCGCGACGAAAUAGGCAGCGAUGUGGUAAUUGCCAAGCUGAAAGAAGAGGUGGAUGUUCAGCGCCAAGAGCUGGAGAAGUCGCGUUUGCGCGCGCAGGAGGCUGAGGCCAAGCUCGCUACGAACAAAAAGGAGUACGAAGACAUGCUGGAGAAAGCUCAGGAAAGCGCCAAGAUGCGCCUGGCGGAGCAUGAAGAGCAGCUGGUGAAGGAGUCGAACCGAUCGAUCGAGAACGCCAACGCAUUAGCCGAACGUCGCGCCCAGAAAAUGUUGGAGGCCGCGGAAAACGAAAGUCAGCGCAAGCAUGAAGAAUACCUGCAGAAGUUAGCCGAGGAGCACUCGGAGGAGGUGGAAAGCCUCAUGCAGCAAGUGGCCGUGUGGCGACACCAGGUAGAGGUGCUAACGGAAGCUGAGAAACGAAACUAUGCAGCACUGGUGAGCAACGGCGUGAACCCAUACGGCGACUACCAGCGCUCUCGCUUCGGUUAUUCGAGCUCGGACUCGCCCUUCGCAGACCUCAAGAGCGGGGGCAGCAGCGACCUCCAAGUGCCACCUCGGAAGCCCGGCAAAGCGCAGGGAUCGAGUGUAUCCACGGCUGCAACCGCUGCCAAGUGGCGGGACGGCAGCCCGGAGGACGACAACAAGAACAAGAAUCAUGCGCUCUCCGCUACGUCAGACCAGUCUUCUCAGUCCAACAACGGCACAUUCUGGGAUCGCAUGGUGUCACUGCUGGCUACUGAGUAA